CCCUGAGUCGAGUAGUGGCAGUACGAGUAGUGCGUUACUAAAAUGUACAGCUAGCUGUAGUCGGAACAUGAUUCUGUUUAGUUUACCAAGCGCCGAAGCAAAAAUGGUCGGAACUCCUAUUCUUUUAAAAGUAGCCUAAUCAGUUGUUUAGUGUGGAGCUUGCUCGCUAGGGGCGCACCAUGGAGCAUCCUGAUGAGCACGCUAGUCCUCCCAAGAAAGCAAAAAAAUCGAAGAAGACGCCAGCCCAGAUUAAAAUAUUGGAAAACUACUUUCGGCAAGACCCUAAGCCAACAUCGGAGAAAUGGAUGGAAAUCGGUGUUGAGACGCAUCUUGGAGUGAAGGUGGUGAAGGAUUGGUUUCGAAAUCGGCGCCAAAACGACUCAAAGAAACGAAGAAACGCAGCCGCGGUGCUGUCAUCAGACACAGCUGCUGCUACUGCUGCUGCUACUUCUAUUACCACUGAACAAACCGCUUUUACGGGUUUCUACACUUCUACUACUGGCACGGCUGCUACCACUGCCACUGCUGCUACCACUGCCACUGCUUCUUCUAAUUCUACUGCUGGGGCCACGUCUACUACUGCUGGGGCUACGUCUACUGCAUUACCGUGUCUCGCGAUAACUGCUCCAUACACCCUACAUAGUCCACCAGUGUUCACUACUGCAGUGCCAAAUGGUGUGCCGCAUGUUGCUGAUGCCUCCGUGCAAAACUUGGCAGUGGUCAAAUUCCUAAAGGAGCUGAAGAAGUCUGAGAAAGGUGCUGCCUUCUCUAUGCUCAAUGAAAUCGAGAGACAAGAGAACCCAUCCGCACUAGGAAAUCAACGUGAUGCAGCCUGGCGAUUACUAAUGGAUGCACCAGCGUCGUCUUCUAACAAUGAUGCAUCACUUGUAGCUUCAAGUACACCAACGCAGCUAGAAUGUGUUAAAGAACGCCUGCUGACAAUGUUCAACGUACAUCAUUCUCAGGACAUUCUUCGCCUUCUGAAUGAAGAGUUACAACAUCGGGCUACAAUGGGCGGCACACAUGACACACAAGACACACAUGGAGCGGCGACGGCACCCCAGCUAACCAUAGAGGUGACACCAGCCAGUCAGCCAGUCACUGCUACAGUGCCUCCUGCGUUGCCGCCGCGGACGGAAAACGAACUCCUUAGAGCCGCACUACAGCGACCUCGUGGGAAUCUCACCGCUAGGGCCAGUAGCAACGGGGGCGUUUCCUUUCCCCCGACUAGCACUAGUAUCAGCACAAACUUUCAGCAGGUAACCAGUGGUUAUACUGCCAGUACCGCAGCAGCAGCAGCAAAAGCGGUGGGGACAUUGGGCAUAUCUCAGCCUCCAGCCAUGCAUGCUGGUGGCUAUACCCAGCCCAGUUCCGCAGCAGCAGCAGCAGCAGCAGCGAUGGGGACAUUUGACAUGCCUCAGCCUGCAGCCAUGCAUGCUGGUGGCUAUACCCAGCCCAGUUCCGCAGCAGCAGCAGCGGUGGGGACAUUUGACAUGCCUCAGCCUGCAGCCAUGCAUGCUGGUGGCUAUACCCAGCCCAAUACCGCAGCAGCAGCAGCAGCAGCAGCAGCAGCAGUGAUGGAGACUUUGGGCAUACCUCAGCCUCCAGCCAUGCAUGCUGGUGGCUAUACCCAGCCCAGUUCCGCAGCAGCAGCGAUGGGGACAUUUGGCAUGCCUCAGCCUGCAGCCAUGCAUGCUGGUGGCUAUACCCAGCCCAGUACAGCAGCAGUUGCAGAGACUGUGGGCAUAUCUCAGCCUCCAACCAUGCAUGCUGGUGGCAUGUGUCAACCCAUGUCAAUGCCGCAAGCAUUUCCUGGACUUCCCCUGGUGUAACCGGCGUUGACCAACGCUGCAAGCUGGAACCUCUCAACCGACUAACAGAUCCCCUGGCACUUAGACAAACAGCUGGUAGAACUACUUUCUACCAGUGUGGCCGUGGUACCAGUGAGUGUUAUGGUCAGGGGUGUAGCAGACUCUUUGUAAAAAUAAUAAUAAUAAAAAAAGCUUUGGCCGGACCACUUUUUCAAAAAGCCCAGAAUGCAGGAUCAUUUUUGCACCCUAAUAAAAAAAUUCCCUGGGGGAGACCCCCUCCUGCCGGACCACCUCCCACAGCGGUGCUACGCGCCUGAUGGUAGCAGUGAGUGAUGUAGUCACGUGUCUAAUUCUCUCGGCGCCACACACAUACCCAGGUAUUGGAGGGAUUUUGACAGUAAUAUUUUCCCAAUACUCAGUCGGUAGACAAAGAGAGAGGUACGAAACAAACUAGACAAAAGUUAGGACAAAACUCGACUAGCCUCGGCUGGCAGCAACUGAAUCCUCAAUAUACAUCGAGGGAGAAAAUGAGAUGUGCAUAUGUAAAUCUACGGUGUUAUGUAUUGGCGCGCAUAUAAUGUGCCAUCUCUCUCUCUCUCUCUCUCUCUCUCUCUCUCUCUCUCUCUCUCUCUCUCUCUCUCUCUCUCUCUCUCUCUCUCUCUCUCUCUCUCUCUCUCUCUCUCUCUCUAACCCUUGGUCGGGGAGUCCACCGCACCUCACCAGUGCAGCUCAUGUAGCGCCUACACACCCAUUCUUGUAUUUUUGUUUUGCCUUUGUUUUGUUUCCCCUUCCUCCGUAGGUGCACUGUGGUAAAAUAUUUUUUUUCUUAUAAAGUGACGCAGCUAAAAAAAUAAACAGUACAUAUAAUAUUAUGUACAUGCGCCCGUUCUUCUAUUUUUGUUUUGUUUUUGUUUCCCCUUCUAUGUGCACAGUGAUAACAUAUUUUUUGUUUUGUCUUUGUUUUGUUUUCCCUUCUAUGUGCACUGUGAUAAAAAAAUUCUUAUGUGGCCCAGCUAAAAAAAGACGACGUAAUUACAGUCAA